UAAAUAUGAAGGUCAGCGUGAAGAAAGUCAGCGAUAGAAACUUACCUGAUGAUAAAACCCAAGCACACAAUGUCUCCAGAGGUUUUCUAUCAACUCCUGGACAAGGGCAGAGAAAUAGGAAACCUAGAGACAGCUUCGCAGUUAUGAGAGCUAGAAACCAAAAGCACUCAAUAGGCAUAACACUUCCCAAAAACAAGCCUCUUAUCAAGCGGAUCUUUGGCGUGCUCUGCUGCUCAGGCUCUAAAGCUCCAAAAGUCAAAGCCAAACAAGGCAAUAUUCAAGUUGAUGAAAACUUUAAUAAUCUUGUAAGAGAGUGUGAGUCAGAUAAGAUUUCUACCCCCAACCGGUUAAAAUAAAAUCCCAAAAGAGGAAGAAAAGUCAAUAGGUAGUAGCUCUAAAAUAUCAUUGCUCUACUGAACUCCAGAUGAACAGAAGAAGGCUUUAUCAGCAACACAUCAAAGCAGCAGGAAACUUCCAAUCCAAGACAUGAAAAUGAAAGCCAAAGACGCCCUUGGAAUUCCUUCAGAAAGGCUGCCAAACAAGUCCAGGUCUUUCAGUAGAGAGCCAGAUAAGUUACACAAAGAAGAAAAUAAGUAAUCUCCUCGAUCCAGACUCUAAAAGCCCUAUUAAUAAGAUCGAGUCGAUAAUUCACAGGAGGUUCACAUUCGGUAUGAAGACACGACAAGAAAUGAAGAUGAAGAUUAAGGAAAGUAUGAAGAAGGAUCCUCACAGGAGGUUUAGUUUCACCAAGAAAAAUCCUCCCCUGAUAAAGCUAAUUUACCAAGAAAGCCAGAACCAGCUUCUCAAUUCAAAUGUAUACAUGAAAGAUCAAGCAAGUGUAGCAAGCGAAUCAAAUGAAUCUGAGAAUAAGAAGGAAGAAGACAGAGUCAAAAUCCGAAAUGACCAAGUCAAUCUUCCUGUGGUCAAAUGACUUGACCCGAAUAAGCCAGUAAGGAAUGACGACAAACAUAAUUCAGUUGACAAAGAUAUCUUCCAAGUCCACCCUUUUAUUGCAGAGGGGCUUCAAGAAAUGAGAAGGUCCUCUGUAGCUCUCACUCAGAAAGAACAUGAGCUUGCUCAAAGCAUCCAGCUUCAGCGACAAAAGAGUGACGGAAUUGGACCAUUGGACAUCGAUGAGAAUUAUCUCAUGUUUGGAGGAGAUAAAUCUCUCGAGGAUAUUGUCAGCCAGAACUCGCCCAUUCGGAGCAAAGCCUUGCUCAACGGGUACAAACAGAAAGUAAAAGCCAAAAUAGAAAGAAACAGGAGAAUGUCUGUCAAAGUGACCCACUUUUCUAUAAAUAAACUUAGAAGAGAAAAACGGACAUCAGAAAAGAGCAAAUUCAGCAAAGGCAGAAGUAGCCGCAAGACGGUGCAGGCCCAAACCAUGAAAAGCUCUCAUAGGAGCAACCAGCUUAGCUCACGAGAGUGUGAAGAGAUUGGGAAGACCCCCAAAGCCAAUUAGAGCAAUGAGCUCAUAUUUAAUAAAUUUAUUUUCCUGAAACAUCGUAAAUAUCCAAAUGAGUCAC